UCCCUCUCACUUACGGAAAAUAGCCGCUGCCCGAGCCUUCACCGUGGACGUGAGGCGGCGCCACAGUCUUCAUCCCCUGACGCCACCAUUCUCUCUUUCUCUCUCCACGUCUGCUUCUCUCUCAUCUCGCCGUACGUGUUGCCCUACUUUGCCGUCGUCUCCCAAGCUCCGGCACUGCGAUCUCCACCCCAGCCACCACCACAAUCCUGGUUCGCCGCCCAACCACGACAACCAGCGCCGAGAGGGAUUGUGUAAGAAUCUGAUAGCAAAUGGAAUUCUGUCCAACUUGUGGAAACAUGCUGCAGUAUGAGUUACCUCAUAUGGGCCGCCCUUCUCGAUUCUUCUGCCCGACAUGCCCCUAUGUGUGCCACAUAGAGACCAAGGUUAAGAUAAAGAAAAAGCAACGUCUGGUUAAGAAAGAAUUAGAACCCGUCAUCACCGAGGAUGACAUGAAGAAUGCGUCUCAUACUGACGCAACAUGCCCAAGAUGCGGUCAUGGAAGGGCAGCUUACGUACAAUUUCAGACUAGAUCAGCUGAUGAGCCAGCAACCACAUUUUAUACAUGCUUGAAUGAGACUUGCAGAAACAAAUGGAGGGACGAUUAAAUUCUUUCUCAUGCCCAUACUUCAUCUGUUCCUUCUAGGCUGUACAAUGAGCUCUCUAAAUUCAUGUCUUUUCCUUUUCAAAAUACAAUAAAUCAAUUAUUGUUGAGCCUUAUAUAUGUAUUUUUUUUUAACUCUUCGAACGGUUACCCCACUUUAUAAUUAUAGUAGUUUUUGUGUGGUAAAUUUCUUUAA